UUCCUCUCUCGGCCCCUCCUCUCCACCAGCCGCCGCACAUGCCUACUCCUCGCGCCGCCGCAUCGUGGUGUGCUCCGCCUCUUUACGCCAUUUCCUCUCCCGACUCUCUCCUCGCCGUGCGCCGGCGACCGAUGUGUAGGAGUAGGAGGAACAAAGGCCGAGGCGGCGGGUGCGGCUGCGGCUGCAGAGGCGAUGGGUGAUCACGUGGCGCGCUGUGACGACUUCGAGAAGAAGGCGGAGGAGAAGCUCUCGGGCUGGGGCCUCUUCAGCUCCAAGUACGAGGACACCGCCAACCUCUUCGACAAAGCUGCGAACUCAUUCAAGCUCGCCAAGAACUGGUCUAAACUUCAGAGAGGGAAAACUGAAGCAGCUGGACUGAAGCAGUUGGGUACUUGCUUAUCACUAGAACGCCAUUAUGCCCUUAGACAUGUGUUGGUGCUGCAGGUUUAAUUUUGAGACUUGGGACCUUAUAUGUGUAAUGGAUUGGUCGAUCGAUGUAAUGAUAUUGUAUUUACUGUGGAGAUGUUAACUCAUUUGGAUCUGAUGUUUUAUAUGUUGAAAAAUUAUAUGGAUGCAAUUAUGUGGGCU